UCCUCCUCUGUUCAUCCCCACCUUGUCAGCUGCACAAACACAUUUCCAAGGCUCUCUGCAACUCCUCUUUCCAUUUUCCAUGGCCUUUUCAAGUCAUCAUCUUUUUCCUUCUCUCUCCUCAAUUUUCUCUCUCUUUCUCUUCUCUCCCUUGUACCCACCAAAGUAAACAACACAAUGGUAUUGGUGGUGCCUUCCCUUCUCACUCAUCUCCCUCCCUCCCUCUCUCUCUCUCUCUCUCCUCUCUAGAAAAGCCCUUCACCACAGAGUCUCUUACGCCAAUCAACCCUCCAAAAACUUCUCUUUCUGCGCCGAAACUUCUUCCACCGCUUGAAACUUAGAUGCCCAUUUCGUUUUUUUGGCUUGAUUCUCUUGGGAAAUCCGGUAAAGCCCACAUCUUUGUGCCUGUUGAGGAAAACCCUGCUCAGACUUGGUUCUUUUCUCCGAUGGGUUUCUGAUCUGCCUUUAGACGGUUCAAAAGCACAGGUUUUUUCUGGGUUUUGUUAAUUCUUCACGACUGCCAUCUUUCCUUUUUUUUUUUUUGUAAUUUUGAAUUUUGAGCUGAAAAUUCAUCUGGGUUCUUGUGUUUAUUAGCUGAGAGUUAAUGGUGCUAGAGUUAAUGGUGAAACAUUUUCCUGAUUUGUUUUUAGGUUGCCUUUUCAAAGGCAAUUGAAUAAUCUGGGUUGUGGGUUUUGGACCUUUUACCACUUUGUUUGGUGGGCAUCUUUAGCUGUAAAGUUUUGUUUUUUUUAUCUGCUCUUUUAUGUCCAAACCAUAAGGCUUUUCUAGAUUCUUGUCAAUUUUAUGGCAUGCCCAGAUUUAUUUCCUUAAGAUUUUCCACUUUGAGAGAAGGAAAAUGAUGGGUUGUUCUUGGGGUUAGGAUUGUAAAAUCAUGACAAGAUUGUUGCUUUCUGUAAGAAAGAAAUCUAAGUCUCUGAGGUUUGAAACCUUUAAGAUAUGUAAUUAGAAAUUUUGCAAGUGGGUUUUCUGGUGUUUUGUCGACUACCUGGUGGUUGGUGUCAAAAAUGUCUGGAAAUGGUCACUAUUUUGUGGAAUGGAAAGAGCAAUUCGUUUCUCAGGAGAGGGGAAACCGAGUGGUCCAUUAUUUCUUGAAGGAUUCCGUGGGGGAAUCUGUCCUAGCGGUCGUGGGCACCGAGAGGAGUGUUAGGCACAUGUUUUAUGUCAUUGCUGAUGAGUUCUUGCAAGCCCAUGGAAAGGAGAAUUCCAUUCAUGCUGGUUUCAAGUGGAGGUCUAGAAGAGAGGUUGUUGAUUGGCUUACUUCCAUGCUGUCGAAGCAGCAUCUGCACGGAGAUCGAUCAGACUCACCAACUCAUGAUUUGGCACAAGCUUUAGGAUUUCCUGAAUAUCCAACGCAAGGACCAGAUAUCACGGGCCGGCUUCCGAAGAAUUGCAGGGGACGCAAGUCAGAUAUUGUUUGGUCAGGAAGUCCUUGGAUGUGUGGUAAGCAGCUCAAGCAUUACCCUGCUUUCUGCAGGAAUGGGAUUACGAUAGCGGUUCAAUCUUUUGUCUUUGUUAUGGCAAAUGGAGAGAAUCACUACAUUGCUUAUCUGGAAGACAUGUACGAGGACAAAAGAGGUCAGAAAAAGGUCAAAGUAAGGUGGUUUCAUCAUAAUCAGGAAGUUAAGGGGGUUGUUCCGCUGCGAAAUCCUCACCCGAAAGAAGUUUUUAUAACACCAUAUGCACAAGUCAUCAGUGCAGAGUGCGUCGAUGGUCUUGCCACGGUCUUAACUCGUGAACAUUAUGAAAAAUGCUUAGCUGCAAUUCCUCAUGGUUUCUUGGCUAAAGUACAUAUGUGCUAUAGGCAAUUCAGAAGCAACAGAACAAAGCCCUUUGAUUUGAGUAAAUUGCGAGGCUAUUUAGAUCAACCAAUUCUCUCUUGUCUUGGUCCCGAUUUCUUUCCACAGCCCGAGUCUUGCAAUAACCUGAGUUGGGAAGAAGAUGAUGAAUUAGGCCAUGGCGAAAAUGUAAAGAUGGGUUCUAAGAGGAGAAGAAGCUCAGUGGAUCAUUCAAGGGUCAAAAUUUCUACUGAAGAUCGUUGUAGGCUGAGCUAUGGACCUUAUCAGAACUCAAAUUAUGGUUCAUCUGGCAGGGGAUCAUUUUCUUUAAAGCGUGCUAGAUGUCAGCCCUGGUUUACUGAACUGUUUAAGGUUGAUGACAAGAUAGAAUUGCUCUGCCAAGAUAGCGGCAUCCGAGGAUGCUGGUUCAGGUGUACGGUCUUGCAGGUAUCAAGAAAACAGAUGAAAGUCCUUUACGAUGACUUGCAAGAUGAGGAUGGAUGUGGCAAUCUCGAGGAAUGGAUUCCAGCUCUUAAACUGGCAAUGCCUGAUAAGCUUUGCAUGAGACAUUCGGGCCGCCCAACAAUACGACCAGCCCCUUCGAAAGAGCAGACAGAGGUUUCCCUUAAGGUGGGAGCUGCAAUUGAUGCAUGGUGGAGCGAUGGCUGGUGGGAAGGGGUUGUAACUGGAGUUGAUAGCUCCGGUGAUAGUGUGCAAGCUUUUUUUCCUGGUGAAAGCUUGCUCUUGAACAUACAAAAGAAGGACCUGAGAAUAUCCAGAGACUGGUUGGGGGACAAGUGGAUUAACAUUGAGGCAAAACCGGACAUAGUUUCGGCCGUAUCUGCACUUUGUAGCUCAGGUACAAAGCCUUCCAUGUCCUCAACUAUUGGCAAAGAAGUUAACUCUGGCACUUUAACUUCGUCGCCUAUUGAAGGCCCACCUACAGGCUCUAAACCCAUCAUCACUGAAGAGGAAAACCAAAACCUUAACUUGACUGCGUCUACUAGUUCUGAUGACCCUCCUAAAGAGAUGGACUUGGUCAAUUGUGAGAAGUCGCCAUCACUGAGAGACAAUAGCAAUGAGGAUGAUGGUGUCGUCGCUGACAACAGUUGUGAUAAUGUAGACAGUUUCCACGGCAAUGAUGAUGACGAUGAGAAAGAUGAAAAAGAUGACGAAGAUCAUCAUGAUGAUGACAAUGGCAGUAAAGAAGACAUGAAAGAGCUUGAAACCCCCAAUCAGAGCUUAAAAGCAAUUGAAAUGAUGGAAGUGACGGUAUGAGAUGUGUCUAACAUGAGUGGUUUUUUUCCCUUAGUUUAGAGUCUCUGUAAAUAGUUACAAGGUCUUUUGGUGGCGGAAAGACUCAUUCCAUUCCUUCGAAAAUUUCGAAUUGGUGGCUUCUGUAGGUGUACAGGCACAGGUGUUAGGAUUUUAUGACCGCCUGAUUUUAACUAACUAUAUUAGAAAGAUAAUUUGGUUAGGAACCUCGUAAAUGAACCAUUCAGUACUCAUGCUUCCAUGAAAUGACUGAGUAUGUGCUUGCUUCUUGUACCUUUGUGUAAAGUUUGAAGUUUAUAAUGUUGUAUAAGAUUAAAAUUUUCCUUUAGAACCGCCAGAAAAUUAACUUGUUUAUGACUUGGAAACAUGCUCAAAAUUAGGCUCAUAUUGUGAAGACAAACGGUUUAAACACACAUUUGUUAUGCCUUUGAACAUACAUCACUAUCAUGAGUUAUUUUCUCAUUUUUCUCUUCACAACAAAGAAAAACUGACAACAAAGAAAAGAAGAA